AUGGCCUACCUAGCCCCCAUCCACCGUCCCUCUUCCGUCCGACACGCCCUCAACCUCUCCUUCACCAGCUCUGAUUCCGCUGACCUCAUCAUCGCCAAAGCCAACCGCCUCGAGAUCUGGUCCCCCUCCCCCGCCAACCCCUCCGAACUACUACACGCCCACACCAAAACCGUCUACGGCAAAGUCACCCUGCUCGAGAAGAUUCGUCCUGCUCAAAGCCCUACGGACCAUUUGUUCGUCGGCACAGACCGCUACCACUACUUUACCUUAUCCUGGGACGCUGACCGGAAGGAACUGAAGACGGAGCGAGCAUUCACCGAUGUAGCGGAGAAGAGCGCGAGGGACAGCCAGACGGGCGACAGGGUACACAUCGACCCUACUUCGAGGUUUCUCGCGUUAGAAUGCUAUGAAGGUGUUAUUACCGUUCUGCCGAUUGCUCACGCUGGGAAGGGCAAGCGGAAACAGAGUGUAGGAGCGCCUCAAGAUGUGGGGGAGCUGGGCGAGCCGAUUCCAGUGCGGAUACCGGAGCUGUUCAUCAAGAGCACGUGUUUCGUGCACAAGCGGCAAGCAGGGCCGAAGCUGGCCAACCCAGAGAUGGCGAUUCUAUGGGAGGACAGUAGUAGCGGGAAGAUGAAGAUCAAAGUGCGGGAGCUGGAGUAUAGCGCUUCGCUGCGGCCGCAAGAAGAGCCUGGUUCGGCAGAGCUGGAGAAGGGGAAGGACGUGGAUGGCGAGAUUGAGGUGGGUUCAGGGUUUCUUAUCCCGCUGCCUCCGCCUAUGUAUGGCUUCAUGGUCGUUGGAGAGACAAGAGUGGCAUACGUAGACGAGUGGGAGUAUCAGGUAACACGGACGGAGCCUUUGGCGGAGGCGACGGUAUUCGUGGCCUGGUGUGCGGUGGACGACCAGCGGUAUGUGCUCGCGGACGACUACGGAAAGAUGUAUCUUCUGCUCGUACAGCAGAACGGACAGGGCGAGUACGCAGGACAUCGCAUAGAUGCGCUUGGGAUGACGUCGAGGGCUUCGACUCUGGUAUAUGUGGACGAAGGCAGGGUGUUCGUUGGAAGCCAUCAGGGCGACAGUCAGGUGAUUCAGAUCUCAGAGGAUAAGGGGCUGGAGGUGCUGCAGACGUUCCCGAACAUUGCGCCUAUACUGGACUUUACGGUCAUGGACAUGGGCAAUCGGUCAUCAGAUGCACCGGUCAACGAGUUUUCGAGUGGCCAAGCCAGGAUCGUGACCGGCAGUGGAGCUUUCAAGGAUGGGAGUCUGCGAUCAGUGAGGUCUGGUGUGGGCUUGGAAGAUGUUGGAAGUAUCGGGGACAUGGGUGCGCCUGUAUCCGAGAUCUUCAGCUUGAAGAGCGGUGCAGGUGUGCAGGGUGUGGACACGCUUGUUGUGAGCUUCGUCUCGCAUACGAGAGUGUUUGCAUUCGACGCUGAAGGCGAGGUGGAAGAGGUUGAGGAUUUCAGAGGAUUUCAGCUGGGCGAAAGUACAUUGUUCGCUGGGUCCUUGGACGACGGAAGAGCAGUGCAGGUCACGAGCUCUGGCUUGAUCCUCUCAGAGGCUGAGGGCGGCGUAGUGACGGAUAGUUGGCGGCCACAGAGCACGCAGAGCAUAACUGCUGUGUCGGUCGAAGGCACCAACGUUCUGGUCUCCCUAGGCGGCGCUACGCUCACUGUCCUCGAUGUCUCGGGUUCGAGCGUCAAGGUACAAGCACAACGGGACUUUGACGCAGCAGAGCAAGUCUCAUGCAUCACGACUUCACGAUGGGUUCCCAAUGCCGCGGUGGCCGGCUUCUGGAAGGACUCGCGCGUCUCUUUCCUCAACCUUCAGAAUCUUUCUACCAUCGUAACAACACAAGUUGCGGAUGACACCUCCACAGACUCAACAAUCGCGGUUCCCCGGUCUCUGGUCAUCGCCAACAUCCUCCCGCAACAGCCAGCAACCCUCUUCGUCGGCCUCGCGGACGGGAAUGUCAUCAUCUACCCCAUUCCCGAAGACCUCACUUUCGCCAAUCGCAAGAGCAUUAUCCUCGGCACGCAGCAACCCAACUUCGCCCUAUUACCGCGCGGCGAUGGCUUGGAAAACGUCUUCGCGACAUGCGAGCAUCCUUCUCUGAUCUACGGCGCGGAAGGUCGCAUGGUCUACUCAGCCGUGACAGCCGAGAAUGCUGCGUCCAUCUGCGCCUUUGAUAGUGCGGCAUAUCCGAAUGCUAUCGCGAUUGCGUCAGAUGAUCAGGAGCUGAAGUUAGCUGUCGUCGAUGAAGAGCGUACGACGCAUGUGCAGACGCUUCCUGUGCACGAGACCGUGCGGCGAAUUGCCUACUCGCCUGAUCUAAAGGCUUUCGGGUUAGGCACGAUCAAGCGGACGUUAGAGGCAGGAGAGGAGCUGGUCGAGAGUCAUUUCAAGCUGGUGGACGAGGUAGCUUUCCAGGAGCUGCACAGCUAUGCGCUUAGACCGGAUGAGCUGGUGGAGUGUGGGAUGCGGUGCAAGCUGGACGAUGGUGUUGGAGGAGAGGCAGAGCGGUUCGUGGUUGGGACUUCUUUCUUGGACGAAGCAGCUGGUGAUGCUACGACGGUGAGAGGGAGGUUGCUGGUGUUUGAGGUUACGGAGAGUAGAGAGCUGAAGUUGAUUGCGGAGAAGGCGUUAAGAGGAGCGUGUAGGUGUUUGGGUAUGGCGGGGAGUGGGAGGAUUGUUGCUGCUAUGGUGAAGACGGUCCUGAUCUACUCAUUCGACUAUCAAACACCCAGCACACCCUUCCUGACCAAACGCGCCGCCUACCGAACUUCCACCGCCCCCAUCGACCUCGCUAUCACACCUUCCGCACACAAUAACUCCUCCACAAUCGCAGUCACCGACCUCAUGAAAUCCGUCUCCCUCCUCCACCAUUACCCCAAUCGCGCCGGCGCACCCGACACUCUGGAAGAAAUCGCCCGCCACUUCGACACCCUUUGGGGCACCGCCGUCGCUUGCGUUGCAGAGAACACUUACCUCGCAUCGGAUGCUGAGGGCAAUUUGACAGUGCUACAACACGACCUCAACGGCUUUUCUGCAGAGGACCGGCGCCGCUUACGUGUAACGAGCGAGAUGUUGCUCGGAGAAAUGGUCAACCGCAUCCGCACAAUCACCGUCCAACCCACGCCCGGCGCCGUCGUGAUCCCGCGCGCCUUCCUCGCCACAGUCGAAGGCGGCGUAUACCUCUUCGCGCUCAUCGCGCCGGGGAAGCAGGACUUCCUGAUCCAGCUACAAGAGCGGAUGGCGGAGGUGGUGCAGAGUCCGGGCGGCGUUCCUUUUAAGAAAUUUAGAGGUUUUAGGAGUGGUGUUAGGGAUGCAGGGGAGGAAGGGCCGAUGAGGUUUGUGGAUGGGGAGGUCAUUGAGCGGUUCUUGGAUUUGGAGGAGGGGAGGCAGGAGGAGGUUGUAGAGGGGUUGCCGGGGGGGAUGGGGGUGGAGGAUGUUAGGGGGGUGGUGGAGGGGUUGAGAGGGAUACAUUAG